AUGGAGGCAGAGAGGGAGAGAGAGUACGCUAGCUGGUUCUCUGCCGGGACGGGGUUUGGUGGGGCACCGAGCCGGGACCCAGAAUGAUGGCAUCAUGGCAGCCCCCUGGAACUGGAUGAUGGUCGGCGUGCUGGCCGUAUCCCUGGCCUCUACGGUGACCCAGGAAGUCUGCCGAGCACCGAACGGGAAGGACGGGGUCCCAGGAAUACCUGGCCGACCCGGGUGGCCAGGCCUCAAGGGGGAGCAAGGAGAGCCGGGGGCCCCCGGCAUCCGGACAGGUGUCCAAGGCCUUAAAGGAGACCAAGGGGAGCCUGGGCCCCCUGGAAGCCCUGGCAACAUGGGCUACCCGGGGCCCGGCGGCCCCCUGGGGACCCCCGGCGUCCCAGGACUGAAGGGCAUCAAGGGCAACCCAGGGAACUUGAAGGACCAGUCACGGCCGGCCUUCUCGGCCGUGAGGCGGAACCCGCCGCUGGGCGGCAACGUGGUCAUCUUUGACACGGUCAUCACCAACCAGGAGAACCGCUACCAGAGCAACUCGGGCCGCUUCGUCUGCUCCGUGCCCGGCUACUACUACUUCACCUUCCAGGUGGUGUCCAAGUGGGACAUCUGCCUGUCCAUCGUGGCCUCCGGGAAAGACCAGGUCCAGCGCUCCUUGGGCUUCUGCGACACCAACAGCAGGGGCAUCUUCCAGGUGGCGUCCGGGGGCACCGUGCUCCAGCUGCAGCAAGGAGACCAGGUCUGGAUCGAAAAAGACCCCAAUAAGGGCCGCAUUUACCAGGGUUCCGAGGCGGACAGCAUCUUCAGCGGUUUCCUCAUCUUCCCGUCCACCUGAGCAGGGGACGGACCCCUCC